GCGGGGUCCCGGCGCUGUGCUCGCGCCCCUAGCGCGCCAGUCCCGGGGCUGCAGGGAGCGCAGCGCGCGCGGCCCGGGCCCCGGCCACCGGACACCCUACCGGACACGACCCUCCCUGGAGCUUGGACAACUGCCCACCUCGGACAUUGCACCGGACACUGCCCCCCACAGGGCUGGACACUACAACGGACACUACUUCCCAGCUCCGGACAUUGCUCCCCCCCCAGCCCUGGACGCUUUCCCCCUCCCCCUCCGGGGGCCCAGACACCGAGCCCCCCGCAGGCUCUACAAAGCGACCUCUUGCACCCCAGCGCCAGACACUGCCUCCUCCUUGUCCCCCUCUCCCUUCCCCUCCUCCCGCUGCAUCAUUCCCCUGCUGGGGUCGGAGCCCCGCCAGUUUCUCCGACCCCCUGCAGCUCGGCCCGGCUGCCCGCGCCCCCUUCCCCCGGCUGCUCGCCCGGAUGCCUCUCCCCGGGGGAUUGUGGUGGCUCCUCUGCUGCCGUCGAGGUUUUACUCUUCUGCACCGGGACUACGGGGACGGCGAGCUUAGCGGGGACGGGGACGAGGACGAGGACGAGGAGACCUUUGAGCUGCGGACCCCGAGUCCAGCGGGCGGCGGGAGGGGCCCCUUGGACGUGACGCUGACUCAGCCGGUGAGGAGCGGGCCGGUCUCAGACAGGCUGCAGAGCUGGGAGGAGACACGGAGCCUCAUUCCGGAGAAGGGGCCACCCGAGGAGGACCCGGACGUCGUCGUGAAAGGUUGGCUCUACCGAGAGCCCCGCGGAGGAGGGGCUAGGCCCUGGUUGCCUCCGCGCCGGGCCUGGUUCGUGCUCACCCGGGACUCCCUGGACCAGUUCAGUAGCAGCGGGAAGGGGGCGCGGCGCCUCGGGAGCCUCGUGCUCACCAGCUUGUGCUCCGUGACCGGCCCGGAGCGCCGUCCCAAGGAGACCGGUCUGUGGUCAGUGACCGUGUCUGGCCGGAAGCACAGCGUCCGGCUCUGCUCCCCGCGCCAGGCCGAGGCGGAACGCUGGGGGGUGGCGCUGAGAGAAGUGAUAGCGUCCAAGGCGCCGCUGGAGACCCCUACCCAGCUGCUGCUUAGGGACAUUCAGGAGAGUUGCGGGGACCCGGAAGCCGUGGCCCUUAUUUACCGUCGGAACCCAAUUCUGAGGCACACCAGUGGUGCCUUGUAUGCUCCACUCCUGCCGCUGCCCUACGGUGUCAGCGCCCCAGGUCCGGGCUACGCACCCUUGCGCGAGGAGGCGGUGCGGCUGUUCCUGGCGCUGCAGGCGCUGGAGGGGGCGCGGCGCCCCGGGCCCCUGAUGCAGGGUGUGCUCCAGACCUGCCGGGACCUGCCCGCGCUCCGCGACGAGCUCUUCCUGCAGCUGGCUAAGCAGACCUCGGGCCCCGCAGGCCCUCCGGGGCCCCCCGCUACCGCUGAGGCCAUGGCCGCCUACCUGGCUCUGGCGGCGCAGUGUCCAGGGUUCGGCGCUGCUCGGUAUGACGUUCUGGAGCUGAGCACGGAGCCUGGUGGGGGCACUCCACAGAAGCUAUGCCUGGGCUUGGGAGCCAAGGCCAUGUCCCUCUCCCGGCCGGGUGAGACAGAGCCCAUCCACAGUGUCAGCUAUGGCCAUGUGGCCGCCUGCCAGCUAAUGGGCCCCCACACCCUGGCACUGAGGGUGGGAGAGAGCCAGCUCCUCCUGCAGAGUCCCCAGGUGGAAGAGAUCAUGCAGCUGGUGAAUGCCUACUUGCCCAAUCCCUCCUCCGAGAGGCCUUCCAGCAGCCCUUCUCCUCCAUGCCAAGACCUGCCAGACACCUCCCCUCCCAGCCAGCACCCGGGCCUGGACGAGCCCCAGGGACAGUCUGGCUGUUUGGGGCAGCUGCAGGACUGAGCCUGCCAAGAGGUCACGACCUCCCUUCUGCCUCCAGCCUGGACCUGGACUGCUCUGAGAUUUGAGGGAACCAUGGACCCUUUUGGCCCUGCAGGGACAGGGCACACCCCAUACCCAAGGGCUGCAACGGGUGCAGACAGUUUUCUAGUUUGUUUCUUAAUUUAUUUGUAGAAGAGAAGCAAAAAAAAAUCCUUAUUUACACAAACCCUUCCUGUGGGAGUGUUGUCAGUGGGACAAGUUAGAGCCCCAGAGCUCAGAGCUCCACCCCUGGGGACGCCCACACUCCGAGCUUUUACCAACACUGAGGGGAGUCUGGACACCACAGGGCUCCACCCUCCUUGACCUUCUGGAUUUAACCUCCUCGUAGCCAGCAGGCUGCCACAGGGUGCUGGGUGGGGCAGGCAACAGGGCAGUUUUGGAAGCUGGCAAUUACUCAUACUCUCUUCUCCAUUGAGUGCCACAGGGGUGGCCUCCUGGCGUCCCUGAGGCCAGAAGGCAGUGAGUCAUCAACUGGCACUACCCAGUUCCUACCCUGGUGUCCAGCUUCUGGGCCCUCAUUGGGUCCAUUUCGGUAUGCCUACUGCUUUGGGUCUGGAAUGGAGAGAAGCUUGGGGCAAGAUCAGACCCAAGAACUUCUCUGGCACAGAUCAACAACUUAUCAGGAUGGGCUCAGCCCUACUCCUGAGUUCCCUUCCUGCUUUAUCAAGUUAGGUUGAAUUGGGUUGCGUUCCUUAGGAUCCGAUAGCCUUGGGCACUGGGAAUCCAGAGUCCCAAGUUUCCUGACCCACUCAGAAUGCUGCAGGCCCUCCUUCACUAGCCCCCACAGCCUACUUCCUGAGUGGAAGAGUCUAGGGCUAUACUGAUCCAUCCUGGGGCAGGAGCUUAGGCACUGAGGACAGAGCAGACCUCAGUCACCCUCUGUAAUCUUGAGAGGUAGGGCUGACUCCAGUAGAGCAGCCUGGUCCUAGGGGGUAUGCCAAUGGGAACAGUGACCACACUGAGA